UGCUGCUUUGCAGCAAUUAGCAUCGCGACGAUCUCCGAUGGCUGACCUGCCACGACGAUCUCCGGCGGCUAACCUGCCACGACGAUCCCCGGUGGCUGACCUACCACAACGAUCCCCGGUGGCUGACCAGCCUCGACGAUCCUCGACGGCUGAGCAGCCGCAGAGAUCUUCGACGGCUGAGCAGCCGCAGAGAUCUUCGACGGCUGAGCAUCCUCGACGAUCCUCGGCGGCUGACCCGACGCAGCGAUCUCCGACGGCUGACCCGCCACGGCGAUCCCCAAUGGCUGAGCAGCCUCAGAGAUCUUCGACGGCUGAGCAUCCUCGACGAUCCUCGGCGGCUAAUCCGGCGCAGCGAUCCCCAAUGGCUGAGCAGCCUCGGCGAUCUUUGACGGCUAAGCAGCCUCGACAAUCUUCGGUGACCCGAAGAAGACGGUCUCGGUCGAGCUCAAGUUCUAGCUCGAGUUCGAGCUCGAGUUCGAGCUCUAGUUUGAGCUCUAGUUCGAGCUCCAGCUCUAGCGGAACAUGUACAUCUGUUAAAAGUAUACGCGAUCUCAAGCCGAUUCCUAAGAUCGCGUCCUCGAAUAUGAAGAGAAAAGUAAAUGAUCAAAAAGGCAACGAGCAGAAGAAGAAAAAGGUAGGAGAGAGAGAGACGUCACCAAAACCAGGAACAUCUACAAUGACUUCAGGUAAAAAAAAUGCUUUAACUAUAAAUUAGUUUUAUUUUGUAUACAAUAAAUUUAUUUUUUGUUUGCUUUAAUUUUUCAGAGGUUACGAGACCCAGUACCGAGACGUGGUAUUUUGCAAUUAAAAAGGACUGAUAGUAAACAGCAGCAGCAACAACAGCAACAGCAGCAGCAACAACAGCAGCAGCAACAGCAGCAGCAACAGCAGCAGCCACAGCAACACCAGCAACAGCAGCAGCAACAGCAGCAGGAACAACAGCAGCAACAGCAACAGCAGCAGCCACAGCAACAGCAGCAACAGCCGUCACAGCAACAACAGCAACCUCAGCAGCAACAACAACGCAAUUUACCGCGGAUUAUAGAUGAUGAGAUAAUAAUAGAUCACUAGAAGAGGAAGAAACUGAAGCUAGAGUUGAGUGGCGUGAUGUAGAAUCAGCUUUUCAAAAUCGAAUUAGAACAGGUGUAGUUGUAAAUAUAAAGCAUGUGGACAUUCUAAGUUUUUUUAACGAUGCGCAAAAGCUUUUCAAGGUUAAAGUAGAAGAUUGCUUGAAGGAAUAUAACGCUGUAAAAAUAAAUUCUGACUUUAUCGCAGAAUUUUCUAUGCAGAAAAAUGGAGAGGAAACGACUGACAUUAAAUAUUUUACAAGUGAAAGUGUUACAGCAUUCAUGUCAACGAAUUUGGAAGAAUGGUUUAAAGAUCAUAUCAAAGAACCUAUUCUCACCCAGCUUGAAGAAUUUCAGGAGAAAGAUUCUGGCUAGACCCUGACGAGUAUUAUCAGUUUGUGUAUCAAUAUGAAAAAAUAUUCUCCAAUCAAGGGGAGUUCCUUCAUUCCACUUCCAAAGUUUAUAGAAAAGAAAAAGGCAUGUGUUAAUAUUCGUAAUAAUGAUAAUCAGUGUUUCAAGUAUGCUAUACUUUCAGCAUUGCAUCCUAGUGAAACUAAUCCCAAUAGAGUUAAUCAAUAUCGUAUGUAUGAGAACGAGCUGAACUUUGGUGAUAUAGAAUUUCCAGUCAAACUUAAAGAUGUACCAAAAUUUGAAAAAUUAAAUGAUAUUUCAGUAAAUGUAUACAUGUUAAAAAAGUAUAAUGAAAAGUUUGAAGUAUCGCCAUGCCAUAUUACAAAAGAAAAGAAAGAAAAACAUGUAAAUCUACUCCUCAUUCAAGAUUUUUACAUAGAUGAAAAUGAAGAAAAUAAUCAUGAUGUUGGCGGAAGCCUGCCUAAAUACCACUACGUUUGGAUUAAGUAUCUGUCUCGAAUUUUAAGCUCUCAAUUAAGCAAAUCUCAUGUAAAAUCAUACCACUGCGAAAGGUGUUUACAAAUUUUUUACUGUAAAGAAAGGCUGGAAAUGCACGAAAAUUAUUGCAAAAAUAUAAAUAAAUGUCGAAUUAAUUUGCCCGACUUUAAGAAUAACAUUCUUAAAUUUGAAGAUUAUAAUAAAAGUGAAAAAGUUCCUUUUGUUAUUUAUGCAGAUUUCGAAUGUUUGUUAAAGCCUACUGAAAAUGAAAAUGCUUUUCAGCUUCAUGAAGCAUAUAGCAUAGGCUAUUAUAUAAAGUGCAGCUUUGAUGACAGUUUAUCUGUUUAUAAAUCAUACAGACAUAAAAAUGAAGAUGAAGAGACACCGGCAAAAUGGUUUGUUCGAGAAUUGAAAGGAAUUAGUGAAAAGAUUGAUCUACUCUACAAAAAUCCAAAACCAAUGAGACUUACAGAUCUAGAAGAAUUAUCUUUUCGGGGGUCAACUGUUUGUCAUAUAUGUCGAAAGCCUAUUAAAAAUGAUGAACUCGCAGUACGAGACCAUUGUCAUCUAACAGGACGUUUCAGAGGGGCAGCUCACAAUUCAUGCAAUUUAAAUUACAAGGAUUCGAGGUUUGUGCCGGUUAUCUUUCAUAACCUCAAUUAUGACACACACUUCAUUUUGAAAGAGAUUGCUACUUCUACAAUAAUGACUGGACGAGUAUCUCUGAUACCUCACAACAAAGAAAAAUAUAUUUCAUUUACGAAGUUUAUAGAUGACUGUGACAUCAGUUUUAGAUUUAUUGAUUCAUGGCGUUUUUUACCAUCAUCGUUGGAAAAGCUUGCAUCAUAUUUGGAAACAGUGCCGAUAGCAGUAAAUGAGUUCAAAACUGAUGGAUUUACAGAUGAGCAAAUCAAUCUUCUGAGACGAAAAGGUGUAUUUCCAUAUGAUUUCGUAGAUGGAUUGGACAAGUUGAUGACUACAAAACUGCCAGAAAAGAAUGAGUUUUACAAUAAACUAACAGAUUCUCACAUUAUUGAUGAAGACUAUCAUCAUGCUGUUACAGUGUGGAAUAUGUUUUCUACAAGAACUUUGGGUGAAUAUUCUGAUUUGUACUUGAAAACAGAUGUUUUAUUAUUAGCUGACGUCUUUGAAAGUUUUCGAGAGACAUCACUGAAAGCGUAUAGUUUAUGUCCUACACACUUUUACACGACUCCAGGUCUCACAUUUUCAGCAGCUCUAAAAAUGACAAAAGUGGAAUUGGAGCUUCUCACAGAUAUAGAUAUGCUGAUGUUUAUUGAAGCAGGCAUUCGAGGAGGAAUAAGUCAAUGUUGCAAUCGGUAUGCUAAGGCAAACAAUCCCUACAUGGGAUCAUCAUAUGAUAAGAAGCAGAAAACGAAGACGCUCUUAUAUUUUGAUAUUAAUAAUCUUUAUGGAUGGGCCAUGGUGCAGUAUUUACCAGUGGGAAAAUUCAAAUGGAUUGAAUAUGAAACAAAUUCAAAUUUUUUCAAUGCACCACCAGACUCUGAUACAGGCUACUUUGCAGGUACUAGAUAAUGGACUUCGACUUAAAAAAGUGCAUA